AUGUACAUUGCUGUCUUGUCCUUCAUUAUCUGCUCUGCAGUCAUGCUGGCAGGCCAAGGAUUGUACAACUACGGGUUGUGUUUCGGUGCCACAUGGAUUUGCUUGAUUCUGUACACCGUUGCGAAGUUUGUCAUAUACGUGUUUCUCGUCGAGCGCAUCCAUGUCGUUCGCGCGCCCUUCGUCCGUCGCAGUCGCGAUUGGCUAUACCUAUCAUGCUUGGUUCUGAUGUCGGUAUCCUUCCUAGCUGUCGCCAUCAAUGCGUACCUGUCGCCAAUAAUUACCAUGGAAGCGGACGUUGGACGCUGCCAUAUGGGCAUACCUGGGAAGGCUUCGAUUCCGUUCAUGUCAGUUGACAUCGUUGUCGAUGUCGCCUUGACAGGUGUCUUCGUCUACCUUCUACGCCCAGCUGUCAAGAUGCAUGGACUCAACAAAAUGAAUCAUGUGUUUAAGGUCCCCAAGUCACAAAUGCUCGGUGUGGCGAAAGAGCUUCAUGACACUACGGUUCGGAAGAACAUCAGAACACUGCUCUGGAAGAGUCUCAUCGGGAGUUUGCUCAUUAUGAUUCCCACCGUCGCGAAUAUGAUCCAAUUCUAUGUCAUGCAUGGAAGGGAAUUGGCGCUGGUAUGCCUUGCGCUAUGCACCAUAGACGGUAAGUGA